AUGGAUCGUUCCAUUGUUUCCAGUAGCGGAGAUGAAUCUGAGACAACUCUCCCUGAUGUAUUGGCAUUCAAGAAUACCAAUCAUCCUAUCAAGAAGCAGAUCAGUGGCUGUGGCACAAUCUGUGUUAAACAAGAUGAUCCUUGCCAUUUCUUCCGUGUCCUCUAUGAGAGUCUGAUAGCAGGAGGAAUAGCUGGUCUUGUUGUGGAAGCUGCUCUGUACCCAAUUGAUACCAUCAAAACCCGAGUACAAGUAGCUCGAGAUGGAGGAAAGAUAAUAUGGAAAGGUCUAUACUCUGGUCUUGGUGGAAACCUUGCUGGUGUCUUACCUGCUUCAGCUUUAUUUUUCGGUGUAUAUGAACCAACCAAACAGAAACUUCUCAAGGUUUUACCCGAACAGUUUAGUGCCGUUGCACAUUUGGCUGCAGGUGCUUUAGGAGGUGCUGUUUCAUCUAUCGUUCGAGUUCCAACCGAAGUUGUUAAACAGCGGAUGCAAACUGGACAAUUUGCUUCGGCCCCUGAAGCUGUUCGUCUUAUCAUAGCCAAGGAAGGCUUUGGAGGCAUGUAUGCGGGUUUUGGAUCUUUCUUGUUGCGAGACUUGCCUUUUGACGCGCUCCAGUUUUGUGUAUAUGAGCAGUUACGGAUCGGAUACAAGUUAGCUGCAAGAAGAGAUCUAAAUGAUCCAGAGAAUGCAAUGCUUGGUGCCUUUGCAGGUGCUUUCACUGGAGUUUUGACCACUCCUCUAGACGUAAUCAAAACCAGAUUAAUGGUUCAGGGCGCAGGAAAUCAGUAUAAAGGAGUUUCGGAUUGCAUUCAGACGAUACUAAGAGAAGAAGGAUCAUCAGCUUUAUGGAAGGGAAUGGGUCCAAGAGUAUUGUGGAUUGGUAUUGGAGGUUCAAUUUUCUUUGGAGUUUUGGAAAAGACAAAGCAGAUACUUUCAGAGAGGAGCCAAAAGAGCCACAAGACUUGA